GGGACGCUCCGCCGCUGGGAAGCGGGCAGAGGCCGAGGAAAGCCGCGGCUCUGCAAAGUGGGGAUCUGGGUUACCCUCCAUCUCCCCUCGGAGCACGCAGGCCGCCGAGGCGCAGGCAGUGGCCGGGCCUCCCGUAGGGGCGGGCCGGACGGGCGGGGCGCGCGUCCUUCCUGGUUGCUGGCGCGCGUGGGUUCCGCUGCGGCUGUCCCCUGCGGACCGACCUGCUUCCCGGUUUGCGCAUCGCGGUCCGGGGCUAGCUGAGGUGCGCCUGAGUCUUUCCAGCUUCGGUUUCUGGGGAACGGGGCUCCAGGCUGGUGGCUGCGAGGGGGCUCCGCGGGCAGUGGCGUGGGACGCGAUCCUUGCAGAGUUCGGGCUUCACAGAGCGCUCCGGAAGGAGAAAAAUGGGGUCAGGAGAGGCUCCUGCAGUGGGGUCACCGGAACAUUUGCUUUCCGAGACUUCUCCCUUUUCAAGCGUCCUGUUCACGUUUCUCGCUAAGCCACCUGCUGGCAGCUUUUAGUUUGAGGCGGAGCUGACCUGGAAGUCUCUCACUGGCCACAGUCCUUUCUCAGGAAGUCACUUGCCUCCCAGAGUCUUCCAGCACUGAGCUUUGGGGGACUCCUCAGGCGCUGGGAGAAUGGCGCUCUUCAGGCAGCUGUCCCUGGGCUCCAAGGCUGCCCUGGCUGCAGCCACGGUCUUCGUGUCCAUGAUCCUCUCCCGCUCCUUCCUGGCGGAGGCCCUUGAGCUCCAGGCCUGGCGCUGGCUGUUCCGUCUGCAGCUGGCCCUGUUUGUGAACUCGAUUCUGCUCAUUGGUUCGUCGUAUAUCUGGCGGAGCACAGUGAGCAACCUCAGCCAUCCCCCUGCUGUGGAAUCUACCUGUUUCCAGCUUUGGAAGCUGGUUGUCAUGACAUUUCUGGCCCUGGCACAUUCCAGCUUCUUCACCAUGCUCUUCUUGGUGGCCGAGGAACCCUACCUGUUUUCCUUAGCAGCCUACUCCUGCCUGGGCGCCUACAUCAUCAUGGUAUUCUUCCUUUGCAUCUUGAAUGCCAUGGAGCAGGCCUACCAGUUCUUAGCCUGGCGCAGUGGUAGGGUGGUGGGCAGCCCUAACAAGACAAGGCACCUGGUGCUCAGGCCUGCGCUGGCGGUGGCCGUGACGGCUGUGCUCAGUACCAUUGGCCUCCUGAAUGCUGCCCAACCCCCGUUGGUGAAAACCGUGGAGGUGCCCAUCCACCAGCUGCCCCCUUCGAUGAAUAACCUCAAGAUCGUGCUCCUUUCGGACAUUCACUUGGGGCCCACGGUGGGCAGGACCAAGAUGGAGAUGUUUGUGAGGAUGGUGAACAGGCUAGAGCCAGACAUCACGGUGAUCGUGGGCGACCUCUCCGAUUCAGAAGCCUCCAUCCUGCGGACGGCGGUCGCUCCUUUGGGUCAGCUCCGUUCCCGUCUCGGCAACUACUUCGUCACGGGUAAUCACGAGUACUAUACGUCGGACGUCAGCAACUGGUUCACACUGCUGGAAUCCUUGCACGUCCGGCCCCUACAUAAUGAGAAUGUCAAGAUUUCUUCUGCCUCGGGGGACCCGGACAGUGGAGGAGGAGAGAGAGAAUGGGUCUGUUUGGCAGGCGUGGAUGACAUAGAAGCAGAUAUCCUUCACUACUCUGGGCACGGCAUGGACCUUGACAAGGCUCUGGAAGGCUGCAGCCCGGAACAUGCCACCAUCUUACUGGCUCAUCAGCCUCUGGCUGCCAAGAGAGCCCUCCAGGCUCGGCCAGAUAUAAACUUGAUCCUUUCCGGGCACACUCAUGCAGGGCAGAUCUUCCCCUGGAAUGUCGCGGCCUAUCUCCUGAACCCUUUCUUUGCUGGACUUUACCAAGUAGGCAAGGCUACGUUCGUGUAUGUUAGCCCGGGUACAGCCUACUAUGGGAUACCCAUGAGGUUGGGGAGCAGGGCAGAAAUCACAGAACUCAUACUGUGGCGGGCUCCGUAAGCCUGCCCGAUGGUCCUGCCUUGCCUUGCCCCGCCCUGGCCUAUGACCUUCGUCCAUCUCCUGUGCCGUCCUAACCUUGCCAGCCCCCUUUGGCACAGCCUGCUGGGAACACCGAUUUGCAGUGAGGCUGCCUGGAAAAUUCAGGCUGGCUUAACUCUUUAGAUAAUGAACCACUUUUGACCGUACACCUGGGGGUCCACUCUGUGCCAUAUGGUGGAGUGGGCAUUUGUUUUCCAGCUGCCGUGGAAAUGGGGGUCCUUUUGCAGAGUGUGGGAUGGCGGGGAAGGGCACUUCUUGACCAAACUCAGGGAGGGGCAGGAACACUUGUCUCCUGUGGGUUUAGCUAUGGUUAGGGUGGGCUCUGGAAUCAUUUGAUAGUUGGUUUGGGCAUGGGCCGUGUUGAGAGGCGAGUAUCCCUUUCCUCCAUGUCCAUGAAGGUUACCUUUAUUGAGGACAUCGGCAAACCCCAUUGGAUCAUGGGGGCACUUCUUGUCUGUACCUUGAGGGGUCCUGAUUACUGUACAGAGUAGUUGGGCCAGAAUGGCUAGAAAAAUGAGUCAUGGGGACUGUGGUAAGGGACGACUGCGGUCCCUUAGGGACUUAGCAGUUCUGAGUCCCUGGUUCUUUGUAGUUUUUGGGUGAGAUAAUUAAGGACAGGCUGCUUCUGUGUUUGGGGGUGAGGAAGGACACUGGAUGUGAUGAGGUAUCUUUAAAACACCACAGUGACAAAUACUUUCUUAGGAGGUGCUCAACAACAGGUUCUAACUCUGUG